CGAAACGUCGUACGCUAUUAUGUUAUUUCAUUAUCUCUUAUUUAUACGUGACUUUACCGAUAAAAAAACAACAACAACAACCCCCCAAGAGUAGCACGGGGUAAAACCCUCCCGAGUCAACAGCUACAUGCUACGUAAUAAUACACCGCGUUCACGGUCGGAUUUUACUUGAUAUAAUGCCGGAACAAAAAGUCGCAUGGAAUCCCGGAACGUUUUUUUGUUGUUGUUCCGCGUGUCGGGGCCGAGCUUUGAUUCCGGCACCGUGAUGGGUCCCCCAUGGCGCCUCCUGCACGUGGCGUCCCUCGGCGGCCUUCAGUCGCUCGCGAGGCCGCGGGUCACGCACUCCUCCUCCUUCUUCUUCAGCCGGUCAACGCGCGCUGCGUGGAAUGGCAACACGGAGGCGCCGGGAGCUCGGGAGAAGGCGGGUGAGGCGAGGAGACUUCGGGAGGAUCAGGGAAGAGGAGGAGGAGGAGAGGGCGAUAAACUUUACCCGACGCACCAACGCGUCACUCCGCAGCAGAGAGCGUUGCUUGCGGCCGGAUCGGCGUUCAUGUCGCUCUACAACCCCUACCGCCACGACAUGGUGGCCGUGCUGAGCGAGACCACCGGGCUCUCCGCAUUGCGUCGACUUCGGAGGGCUAUGGCGGACACGGAGGAAGGGAGGCGCGUGCUCAGCGAGCGUCCCCGGAUCUCCACGUCCACCCUGGACCUCCCGCGCCUCCGCUCGCUCCCCGCCGGGACGCUGGGACACGAGUACACGGAGUUCCUGCGCCGCAACCGAGUGACGCCGGACACUCGAGCCCCAGUGCGCUUUGUGGACGACGAAGAGCUGGCGUUCGUCCUGCAGAGAUACAGAGAGACACACGACCUCGUGCACACACUCACCGGCCUUCACACCGACAUGAUGGGUGAGGUGGCGGUGAAGUGGUUUGAAGCGGUGCACACUGGGUUGCCCAUGUGCAUUAUGGGAGCUGCAUUCGGACCCCUGAAGUUGUCUUCACGGCGCCUGUGGGAGCUGCGCUUGGUCCUGCCCUGGGCUGUGAGCGCCGCCCUCUCCUGCCGCUGCCUCCUCUCGCUGCACUUCGAGCGCCGCUGGGACCAGCCGCUCCCGCAGCUGCGCUCCGACAUCGGCAUGCCGCCCCCCCCGCCGCUCCCGACGACAACGCAGAGGGAGCGGGGAGGGUCCCCUGGCGUAGCGCCCCCGCACCCCAGCAGCAGCAGCAGCAGCCGACCGUCGGGGGAGUCUCCGUUAGCGAGCGGUAGCGCCUAUGAAUCCGACCCACCUUCGUUGUGACUAACAUUGUGAAAGCCCUACGUGUUAACGUGCCUAUUAAAGUGCGGCACGGCGGGCGGGUGGCCGGCAACCGCGCCCGGCUGCCUCCGUCUCCCCGCAGCGGCGAUGUUCACCGCACGCCGCUACCGCCGGUUACUCGUUUGAGGCCGAGUCGACCUGGGGGGGCGGGGGGGGGGGAGGCCCAGGAGUGGUUGCGGAUAAUUCAUAGCCACUUGUGUUGGUGGCCGUGAGCGGGAAUCGAACUCGGGUCAGCCGGGUUCAUAGCGAAGCGCGCCGAUCGCUGCGAUGCAAAACAGCCGCAACAGCAGCCGCACAACAGCCGCAGUCGGGCACAAGAGACGGUCGAUAGAACAGCCGAACAAACACCAGGCACACCACAGCCAGACAGAAUGGCAAAUCGUAUAUAGUUAAGACAGGCCGCCAAACAAUAGCCAGAAAGGCCGCCAAACAAUCGCCAGACAGGCCGCCAAACAAUAGCCAGAAAGGCCACCAAACAAUAGCCAGAAAGACCGCCAAACAAUAGCCAGAAAAAACGCAAAAUAGCCAGAAAGACUGCCAAACAAUAGCCAGAAAGACUGCCAAACAAUAGCCAGAAAGACUGCCAAACAAUAGCCAGAAAGACUGCCAAACAAUAGCCAGAAAGACUGCCAAACAAUAGCCAAAAAAACUGCCAAACAAAAGCCAGAAAGACUGCCAAACAAUAGCCAGAAAGACUGCCAAAUAAUAGCCAGAAAGACUGCCAAACAAUAGCCAGAAAAACCGCCAAACAAUAGCCAGAAAGACCGCCAAACAAUAGCCAGAAAGACCGCCAAACAAUAGCCAGAAAGACCGCCAAACAAUAGCCAGAAAGACCGCCAAACAAUAGCCAGAAAGACUGCCAAACAAUAGCCAGAAAAACCGCAAAACAAUAGCCAGAAAGACCGCCAAACAAUAGCCAGAAAAACUGCCAAACAAUAGCCAGAAAGAAAGACCGCCAAACAAUAACCAGAAAGACCGCCAAACAAUAGCCAGAAAGAAAGACCGCCAAACAAUAGCCAGAAAGACCGCCAAACAAUAGCCAGAAAGACCGCCAAACAAUAACCAGAAAGGCCACCAAACAAUAGCCAGAAAGAAAGACCGCCAAACAAUAGCCAGAAAGACCGCCAAACAAUAGCCAGAAAGACUGCCAAACAAUAGCCAGAAAGACUGCCAAACAAUAGCCAGAAAGACCGCCAAACAAUAACCAGAAAGACCGCCAAACAAUAACCAGAAAGACCGCCAAACAAUAACCAGAAAACCGCCAAACAAUAGAAAGACCGCCAAACAAAAGAAAGACCGCCAAACAAUAGCCAGAAAGACCGCCAAACAAUAACCAGAAAGACUGCCAAACAAUAGCCAGAAAGACUGCCAAACAAUAGCCAGAAAGACCGCCAAACAAUAGCCAGAAAGAAAGACUGCCAAACAAUAGCCAGAAAGACCGCCAAACAAUAGCCAGAAAGACUGCCAAACAAUAGCCAGAAAAACCGCCAAACAAUAGCCAGAAAGACCGCCAAACAAUAGCCAGAAAGACCGCCAAACAAUAGCCAGAAAGACCGCCAAACAAUAGCCAGAAAGACCGCCAAACAACAGCCAGAAAGACCGCCAAACAAUAGCCAGAAAGACCGCCAAACAAUAGCCAG